CACACCGGCCGGCGGCAACCCCCAGAAAGGCGACGCGCAUUCCGGGACUCGCGCAGCAAGGGACCGCAAAACAUUUCCCUCCUGAUAAAAGAUUAUACGCGUGCGCGCUUUUGCAUCACGUUCUUCGCCCCACGCACUGCGCGUGUGUGUGAUCGAUCACGCAAAGCAAAACCAACAAACAAAAAAGAAAAUUUUGUCUCUCAGACACCCAGAAAUUUAACCCACAAUGUCUGGCGAGGGUCCGGAAAGCAUCCCGACGUCGGCCGACCCGCGCUCCAAGCGACCGACCAAGAAGCGCGCCCUGACACCGGUCUCGGAGCAGGCGGCGAACCUCGACGCCCUCUUUGCCAAGCCCGACCAGGAGAUACGCUUCCCGACCGGCGGCGACAAGAAGCCUAGGCUCGCCGCUCCCCCAGAGAUCGUCACCAAUGUCCAGGGCUCCAGCGCCGGUGCCGGCUCCGGAGAGUUUCACGUCUACAAGGCCAGUAGGAGGCGCGAGAAUGAGCGCCUCAGGGUCAUGGACGAGGAGCUGAAGAAGGAGCAGGAGAAGCAAGAGUUUGAGAGGAAAAGGGCGGAGAAUGAGUCCAAGGACGACGAAAAGACGAGGAAGAAUAGGGAAAAAAGGGAAAAGAAAAAGGCCGCAAAGCUUCGGGCUAUCCAGGCCGACAAGUCAAAGUCGAAUACAGAGGUGGCCAAGGCUGCGAAAAGUGGUGGCGCUGGUAGCGGUGACGGUGAUGGUGACGGCAAAAAGGACGGCUCCGACUCUGGUCUGCAGCACAUCAGUGCCGUCAUGGCGGCGGCCGCAGAGACGGCCAGAGCCGAGGCCAGCAAUGGGAACGGCACUCCAGGCUCUGCUCAGACUCCCGGUAUAGUGAUACACGACGAUGACUGAAAUAGUUUGAUGCCCUUGAGACGUUGAUCGCAUUUACAGCAUGCUCCAGGAAGCACAGGCCAUGAGGGAAUUCUAUCACUAAACAGUGGCCUUUAGUCUACCUUGAAACUCCAGCAUCGGCACAUACCAGUCAAACACAAUGGGUUGUCAGCUUCCAGCACAUCCUCCUCCUAAUUCUUUUUUUCUUUUUCCAAAGUAGUCUGAGCAACCGAGGACGAGCUUCAUGCCAAAUCCGAACCGAGUUUUUCAUGGGGAAACGCGCUGUUUCUUAAUCUAAAAAUGUCUAAUCAUCGCCUCCAGUCAUACCGGUUCCGACUCCCGGCUGUGCCUUCUUUGCGCUGCAAAUAUCAUCGACUCUCAGGAGCAGACAUGCGGCCUAAUUGCUAGUCAGUACGUGCUUGUCAUAUGUUGGAUAGGGUGUAAAUAUAGAAAAAUAAUCAUGUCAGUAAUAAUAAGCCAUCGCAUAAACUAGGCUUACCUCGAUUGCGGUCUUCAUGCUCUGCACCUUGAUGGCCUCGGGCUCCCAGACGCCGUACUCCUUCAUGUCAGCCAGGCCACCAGUGUCGCCGUUGAUGCCCCAGGAGCUCUUGCCCUCUGCGUGCUUGGCGCGCAGAUCGGUAAGGACUCGCACAGGACUGGCGCCGGCAUUCUGUACCAGGGUGCGGGGGAUGACCUCGAGCGCCUCGGCCACCGCGCGGUAUGGCCAUUGCUGAACGCCCUCGAUGCUCUUUGCAAGCUGACCCAGACGGACAGAGACGGCCAUCUCGGUGGCACCACCACCUGGUGACAGGCGCGGGUGGAACAUGACGUUGCGAGCCACGCCCAUGGCAUCCUGUAGGUUGCGCUCAACCUCAUUGAGGAUGUCUUUUGAAGGACCGCGGAGAAGCACUGUGCAUGCCUUGGGGGUGUUGCACUUGGUCAGGAAGGUGAAGUACUCGUCGCCAAUCUUCUCGAUCUCGAAGAGGCCGCACUGUGUUCCCACGUCCGACUCUUGCAGAUCCUCCACCCGGUUGACAAUCGUGGCCCCCGUUGCCCUCGCUAUACGGUUGUUGUCUGUCUUGCGCACACGCCUCAGUGCGGUGACGUUGGCCUUCAUGAAGUAGUGCUGUGCCAAAUCGGAGACACCCUUCUCGGUAAUCACCAGAUCGGGCUUGAGUUCCAGGAUGUGCUUGCACAUGGCCUCGACCUGCUCCUCCUCGAUCUGAAGAAUCCUGUUCCAGUCCUCCUCCUUGGUAAUCUCGAUCUGCGUCUGAGACUCGCCCUUCUUGUACUCCAGCGGGCAGUCAAGUAGUAUGAUGCGGGGAUUCUCGAUGCGCCUGCGCAUCUUGGGAUGCGUAAUGUCCUUAUUGAGCAUGACACCGUCCAAGACCCUGCUGUCCUCAAUCUCGCCUCCAGGAACCUUCUCGAUACGCGCAUACCGCUUGAUGUCCACCUCCCGCUUUCCAGUGCCCGCCUCCCAGGUUACGGUGCGGACUGCCUUCAGCGCCAGACUGCACAUGAGUUUAGACCAUCUUGACACGAACUUUGUGCCGAUGGAAGAGGAUAUCAGCUGGUACAUGGCUUCAUCAUCAUUGAUAUCUAUCGGUGUUGAGAUCUCGUCGAUGAUCUCCAGGGCAUCCUUGAGGGCGCGCUUGAAGGCCGAGAUGAUAACAACAGGGUGGAUGUUGCGCUCCAGCUGAGGCAGGGCCUGGGCGAGAAUUUCACCGCCGAGAAUGAUGACGGAUGUUGUACCAUCACCGACCUCCUCGUCCUGUGUCCGGCUCAGCUCGAUCAUACUCUUGGCAGCGGGGUGCGAUACCUCGAUCUCUCGCAAGAUGGCGUGGCCGUCGUUGGUGAGGACGAUGCCGCCCAUGGGGUCGAGUAGCAUCUUGAGCAUGGCCUUGGGGCCCAGGCAUGAUCGGAUAAUGUCGGCAACACUAUGUGAAUGGGUGUUGGUCUUUGGUCAGCUUGGGUUUGUUUGCUUUUCGCGGUGUGGCAGGAGCAAGGAGGGGACUCGGGGGGGCCGCGACGAUCUCACAUUUUUGCUGCAGCAAUGUUUGACAGUUGUGCUUUCCUCCCGGUCUGCCUCUCACCACCACUCUGGGUGUCUGUGAGUAGCCUUUUGUCAGUCACCAACCAUGUUGCGAAAAUGCGACUGCGGAGUUGUAUCAAGGCGUACUCAUCACCACAACUGGAGCCUGCAUUUUGAAGAGGCCGAGGUGGGGGUAAGGACCCUAGAGCGGCCGAUUAAAAAAAGUAAAUGGGCGCCUGGCAAGUCAAGUAAAAGACCGGUUUGCGAACUUGUACCGGAUCUUUCAAAAGUCGCAGACGGCUUGUUCUGUGUUUUUUGCGCAGGUCGCAAUUUUGACGUUGCAACCAAAAUGUCGGGCGAAAAAAAAAAAAAAUCCUGAGCUCUUGGAAAGCCGCUGCACGUCAAAUUGAGCUCCUUCGACAAAGCUCCAAACGCGGCGGCGACGAACAAGCGGUUUGCUGCUUCAAGGUGGGGGUGGGGAACAGUGAUUCUCCGAGCUCCGGUGUGAUCCUGGCUAUCAACCGACUCCAUUGUUUGUUUGUUAUCCUUCCAUCGCGAUGGGAGAAUUUCGUUUUCAGAUGUAAAUAGAGUCUUACUGACUAGAUUCCUAUACAUUGAAUAGCGUUUAAUCUACAGGCCUCACGGACACCCGGAUUAUUCGAUGCCAGAGGCGCCACAGCUGCACAAUACCAGCGCAAGCUCCAGAUCCUACCCCAUUAGGACUGAGCUUGGUGCAGGGUAGGUAAGUUACCAAAGCCGAACUACUCAUUCCUUACGUUGAGUAAUGGAAUGUGUCGGUCGGUGACAUAGUCCAAAGUAGUGCAUUUUCCGGACAUGAGAUUUGUAUAUUAUUUCUAUGGGAAGAGGGCUCUUUAUUAUUGUUAUGAGCUGUUGGAGCACACUAAUCGUUGCUGCUGAACUAUCAGCACCGCGAGACAUUGUUCCACGAUGUGCUUACAAGGUUGGCAAGGACUAAGCAAUUGGCGGAACUUCAAUCUCGACAAGAUACAACAGCAGUAGCUCCGGAGCAGAUGCAUACUAUCAAUGGAUCCAUCCUAUUAUCAAGCACUUUGUAAGCCAUCACAAGCUGUGGUAC